AUGCAUAGGACUGUCUUUGCACUCAUGAUCAUCAACAAGGCAGGAGGCCUAAUAUACAACCGCACAUUCCAGGAGGGUGGCCUCAACCAGCUCAGCUCAAAUGACUAUCUGGUGAUAGCAGGCACAUUUCACGGUGUCCAUGCCAUCACAACACGUCUCAACCCAGUCAAGCAACCUCACAUAAUAACAGCACCCGGCGCCAUUCCUAACCGGCCCGAGCCAUCUUCCGGCCUCGAGGUCAUGGAGACGGAGAAUUUCCGCCUGCAGUGCUUCAACACCAUGACAGGGACUAAGUUCCUGGUGUUUACUGAUACCACGCAGGCCAACGUGGAUGUCACUACCCGCAAGAUUUACGAGCUGUACUCGGACUAUGUCAUGAAGAAUCCGUUUUACCAGUUGGAGAUGCCUAUUCGGUGUGAGAUGUUCGACCGCAAGCUGAGCAGUUACAUACGGGAGAUCAACAACAGAUGA